AUGUCACAUUAUCUUCAAUACCAACAACACCAAUCUGAACAGCCUACAUUUCAACAGCAACAGCAGCUGCAUCCGCAACAGCUUCAAUUACAAGACCAGGCUCAACAGUCAAUGGCAUACUAUAGCCAUCUCCAAGUUCCAACCAUGUAUGGCAUGUCGCAUUGUCAGGGUUACCUUAACAAUAACCAUGAUGACAGCAACAUGCCAGUAUCAACCCAGCAGCAAGCCACGAACACGAAUAGCGAUAGUGACCAUUCUAGUCUAAUCAAUAUUCGACGUGAUUCGGGAAUCGCACAUUCAUCCCUGGAUGAUCUAUCUAUAGGAUCUGCGCCGAUCAAUUCUGCCAAUCAAAGCCCAGAAGGAGACCUCAAAGGGGGUGCAGCAUCAUCUUCAUUACCAUCAACUCAUCGUAGUAUCGAUAACAGCAAAAAUAACAACAGUACCAACAACAGCACUAGCCCCUCUUACCUCCUUCCUUCGCAGUCUACUUCUAUCUCUACUACUGACGUAGAAGGAUCAACACCCAUUGUCCCCUCCAUGUCCAACCGAAUGGAUUACAUGUUCAAUAACAUGUCACGUAUGCUUGUGGUCCAGCCACAGCAGCAGCGUCCUGUUACAAGCAUAACCACCACUACUACUGCUACCGGCCUUCAAGGCAGAACAACCCCAGCCUCCUCUUCUAAUCCAGACUCAUGGCCUUUCCCUCCUACCUCUCAAACGGCAACGGUAGCACAGACUACUGAGGGCAGCCCCAUGAGUGCGUUGUAUGAUAUUCAGCAGCAACCCAUGGCAGCUUCGCAGCAGCAAGCAAUCCCGCAACAGGGGUUGAUACCGUCUCUCCAGUAUGAUCCAAGAUAUGGUCAACCCCAGCGCUCACAACAGCAGCCCAGAUCCCCAGUACAUGUCAUGGCCGAGUCGCGAAUGGCUCAGCCAAGCACUCCCUUAUUCGAUGCUGGCUUUUCUAAACAGCCUUCUUUGCAAUGGGAGCAGUCUCCAUCGUUUGAGCCAGGUCAUCACCACUACUCAUCAUCUUCGGCCUCGGCGGUCGCCUCACCUUCCAUGACUGCUGCCAAUGAUAUUGUUCAGACAUGCCAGCAAGGGUAUUUUAACUAUUGCCCACCUUCAUGGGGCAGCAUGGUUUCCUCUCCGAUCGAAUCCAGCUCCUCUUCAGGCUCAUCGACGCCACUUUUUGCAUCACCACCUUUAUCCACAUAUGCUUAUUCGGAAUUGGCGGCCGCCUCUUGUGAUUCCUCUCGAGCUGCUUCGCCUUCGUUCCCACCUGUCACUGCUACCCUUACGACAGUGGCUUAUGAUGCUUACUUAUCCGAGCGCCGUACCAGACGGCUAGAGUCCGAUAAGAACAACUCAUCGAGUCUAACCAUCCGUUCUCGUAAAUCAUCUACGUCUUCCAACUCCUCUGUGGGCUCUCAGCCCUACCGACGCACUUCUAACCUUCGUGAGACCUCCAAUCAUAAUACUUUGCGCAUGGGCCCAAACACCUCAUCAUCGUCGACAUCUUCCUCGUCAUCAUCGCAUCAAUGUCCCAAAUGCGGACAGUGCUUUGCAGGCCUUGCUGUGUUGGCCCGUCAUAUUGAAUCGAUCCAUGACAAGUUGCUUUGGAACUGUGUGGGAUGCAAAUCCAAUCUUUCAAGGCGCGAUGCAGUGACGCGUCACAUUAAUCUAUCUCCUAUGGAUUCAAUCUGUCGCGCUGUUGGGACAAUUGGUCAGGUCAAACUGACUAAUGGAGUGGAGGUUCAUUAUGAAGUGAGCUCAUACAGGGCCAAGCCGUUGGAAGAGGUUAUGAGCCGGAUGGGCAAGAAGAUCCCUACCCAGUUGAGAAAGGAGAUUGAUCGUUCAAAAGCUACAAUGCAGAUGAGAGAAGCUGCCACAGCAGCAACUACUUCCAUGGCGUCUGCUUCUCCAGAGAGCGUGGCAGUGCCAACUCUGGGGAAUCCUUCAUCAUUGAGAGAUUUUUCAUGA